ACAUGUAAAUGAGACCUCAACCGGUUAUCAUUUUCUUGGAGAGGGGAUUGCGAUAUAUUUUAAGUAUCAUUUAAAACCUUAGAAUGUGUGCAAAAUGCCGAGAACGAUCGUUCGUGGUGCAUCCGAUCGGUGUUCAAAAAUAUAUCUCGUUGAAUAUUUGCCAGAAUCUCGUUGCUUAUUAUCGUGGCACAUAUGAUCUUUAAAUCGGUCAUUCGAUAAAUAUUCCGGAAAAUAGAGAAAGAAAAAUGCGAUAUACAAAAUUGGAAAAUAAUAUCUUCAUAUAUUACUGCAUAACAGGAGUCGUGCCGAAAUAGUUGUCCACAACCUACGGAUGGAUUUGAGCCUUAUCCGGGAAUAAACGAGGAAGCUGGCGCAAACGUUAGUUUGCACUGCAGAGGAACGAACUCGCUAAUAAUUAAACACACUCCUGGGAUCUACGUUAUUGAACAAAGUAUUUCCGUUAAUACAUGGGGUAUACCUAUAGUGAGUAAUGGCGGAUUAUCGACAUUUUCGAAUUUGACAGCGGAUACAUUUUAUCGUUAUCGUUUACGCAGGCUAACACAAUAUGGAGUUUCAUUAGCCGAAAUGUCGGGUUGGUUUUCAACUUAUGCAGUUGAUUAUCAACCACGCAAAGUUGAUAAUAUUUCACUUUUGAAGAUUGAAGAAGAAGGUAAAAAUGUGUGCGUAUUGCAAGCGGAAAUUAUUUUUGAGCCUGCUGAAGAUCGAAGCUGCAAUUAUAAUAUAUUAUUUUGGUCUGGAGAACAUAACUUGAUCAAUUUCGAUUUAAAAAAGUCUUUAGAUUUCCGCUUUUUUCUCAGACGCUUACGAUACGAGGAAAACAAUACCGUAUCGAUCCGAUCGGGUAAUGAUAAUUUCUCAAAAAUCAGUAAUGCAACGAUAUUUACCUUCGUCACGCCAGCGUGCUUGGAAGUUCAUCGCAAUUUAAGCAUCUGCGCACCUGAAGAGGUGAAGGGUUUACGAGCGGAAUAUAUUCGAAAACAUCAAGGAUUAUACGACAUUGCAGUCAGCUGGAACAAACCCAUUUUACAACCAGACAAUUACACAUUACAGUUUGAGUCGUUUCAAUAUGAACCCUAUCUAUUGACUGUAUCUGGAGACGCACUCGAAGCUUUCUUCUUGAAUGUCCAAGUAGGACCGCAAUUCGAAAUCAGUAUCGUGGCGGAAUCAACGGGUGGUGUAAGUUUACAGUCAACUGUAUCGGGUAACAUCGAUGAAGUAGUAGAGUUAUAUUAUCGCGAGAUUAUCAUAGCAUUACCGACAUUGAUUAUCAUUACGGUAGUGUUUGGAGUAAUUUGUAUGCAACAUCGUAACAAGAAGAAUAAACAGAUUAAUUUGGAAUAUAUGCAUUUUGAGAAUUCUAUGGAUUCUCUAAAGAAACCUUUAAAGCGAGAUUAUGCGGUCGAGAAUGGAGACACUCUUUUGCCGUACGAUAAAUUUGAGCUUAAUCCACAAAAGCUGAAACUUAAAGGUGUAUUGGGUAGUGGAGCGUAUGGUAUUGUCAGACUUGCCUCGUUGCACGAUGAAUUCGAUGCUGUCACAGAUGUAGCUGUUAAAAUGAUGAAAGACGAUCCAACGAUAGAGGAUAUAAAAAGCUUUCAUCAAGAAAUUUCAAUGAUGAGGUCCGCUGGUCAGCAUCCGAACAUAGUAUCUUUAAUCGGAUACUGCACUUUGUAUAAUAAACCUUUACUAGUAGUGGAAUACUGCAGUAAGGGAGAUCUACAAACGUAUUUAAGAACGAUUUGGCAGAAUUUAGUAAAUGCAGUAUUCGAACAUAGGACUCAUUUGAAAUUCGAACCACUAUCCCUUGCCAAUAAAGGCACACAUCAAGGUUUUAGAAAGAGCGAAUCUUUCUGUGAAAACACACGCACAAUCACCAAUCGUUUAUAUGAUAUCCAGCAAGAUGUAAUAAAAUAUACAGAGAAUAUUACUUCCGCUGAUUUACUGAAUUUCGCUAGACAAGUAGCUACAGGAAUGGAAUUUUUAUCUUCCAAUCGGAUAGUACAUCGUGAUUUGGCUGCUCGUAAUGUAUUGGUGCGACCGGAUAGAGUGGUGAAAAUUUCAGAUUUUGGUCUCAGUCGCGAUAUCUAUCAAGAAAAUGUUUAUCGAAAGAAAGGUAAUGGCAAAUUACCUUUGAAAUGGAUGGCAAUUGAGGCUUUAACGCAUCAAAUAUAUACUACUUAUAGCGAUGUAUGGGCUUUUGGCAUUCUAUUGUGGGAAAUAGUCACUUUGGGUGCCAUGCCAUAUCCUGGAACUCCCACAAAUAGAAUUUUGCAACUUCUCAAAUCUGGAUUCCGGAUGGAAAGACCACCAAAUUGCGGUCGAGAACUAUAUAAUAUAAUGUAUUCGUGUUGGAAUCUGAGGCCGCAAAGUAGACCGACUUUUACCGAAUUGAAACAAAGUUUAGACAAAUUGCUCAGUAAUUAUUCGGAAAAUAAAUACUUGAAUCUGUGUGAAGUUCUACAAGAAUCAGCUGAUGAAAUUAACGAGGCAAGAUCGCUCAAUGCAUGUUAAAUAGAAUUAAAAUAAUAGUAUAAUAAUAAUAGAUAAGAGCACAAGUACAUUAACUAACUCGUCAAAUCGAAUGAUUCAAAGAAUUUGUAUCAUGUGCAAAAUCGUUUAUUUUCUAAUCAUACGUAUGAUAAUCUGUGAUAAAAUCUUUCCUAUACAUAUGUACGUAUUUACAAUAUAUUGC